AUGAAAAAACAAUCUAUUUGGAACGAAAAUAAAUAUAAUUGUCCUGCCAUUGCAUCUUCGCCACCAAAAAUAAUCAAAUCUUCACCUGAUAAUUUUAUUGAUCCUGGCAGUUUUAUACCAUCGCGUUUUUCAAUCAUUGGGUCCAAUAAUAUUAGUGGGGACGUUACAUCGUCGGCUAUACCAGCCAAAUAUUUAUUAGCAGCAGCUUUUGCUUCAAAUUCUCAAAUAGCAAAUAUUCCACAAGGAAAUUCAUUAAAUGUCUUUAAAUCGUUAACAUCCGAUUCAAUUGGUUCAUCUAUUCAACAACCUAUUAGUACAUUUUCAUUAAACGGAUGUCAACAAACAUCAAAUCUUUUUCAACAUACAAUAAAUAAUUCUUUACAAGGAAAAACACCAACAACAAAUUUUUUAGCAAAUUCGCCACUCUUUCAAACUUCAUCUUUAGAUCAAACUACAAAUAAUCUUUUGUUACCUCGGUUAGGAACAAAUAAUUUUACAAUAUCUUCACCAGGACAACAAUUAAAUCAAAAUUUAAUAGAUGAUACAAUAUCAUCAUCUAAUAAUAGUGCAUUUUCAGUUAUUCCUAAUACAACACAAAAUAAUAAUAAAUAUUCAUUAACAAAUACCAUUGGUGGUAAUACGUUAUCAAAUAAUUGUCCUUCUAUAACAUCUAAUUCUGAUAUAGUAUCUGCAGCUUCUAUGGCAGCAGCAUUAGUUGCAGAUAAAGCACUAAAUUCAUCUCCAUUCCAAAAUCAAAGAAAUUCAUUUAGUUUAGACAAUCCGAUGCAAUCUCCUUUAAAUAAUCCAUCACUUUAUCCACAAUUAUUUUGUCUUCAAGGAUUACUUGAUGGCAUCAAUACAAAUAUAUUACGAUCUCAUAUGAAUACUUCACAGUAUAAACCUAUUCCAAAUAAUACCCAUGUUGAUCUCACACGUUUCCGUUAUAAAUCACCAAAAGAUUGGACGGCUGAUGAUGUACUAGCAUGGAUGAUAGACGUUGCAAAACGGCAUAAUAUUGGAAUGGAGAGAUUUGACUUGACACAAUUUGCUACUAUUAAUGGUAACUUGCUUUUAAUGAUGCAAGAGGAACAUUUUAUUGAACGUGAACCAACACAUGGAAAAUUGCUAUAUCAAGAAUUGUUAAAUUUAAUUUCUGAAACGAACAACAAUUAUAAAAAAGUUGAAGAAAGUGCAGUUUCUUAUUUAGUUCAACGAUUAAAGGAAGAGGAAACAAGAAAUAAAAAUACAAAUAAUCUCUUAGUAGCACAAACAUUAGAUAAUAACUUUGGAAUAAGUAGAAAUCAAGUGUUGGCAGGUAAAGCAAUAUCAUUUCAAUCAUUAUUAAAUGCCUCUUCGCAAGAUACGAAUUCGCAAAUGAAUAUUUCCAAUUCUAUUCCAAGUUUAGGAAUUCAUCAACAAACAAAUAAUAGUCACCUAAAUUAUUCAAAUCAUGAGAAGACACAGUCAUUAAUGAAGACAUCUCCUCACAAUAUUGAACAAAAAUUAAAUAAAACGGAUUCAAUGAUUGUUAAUGGAUCCUUUAAUUUACAAAAUAAUCCUCUUCAUUCAUCACCAUCAACAUCAUCGUUUAUAUCAAGUCAAAAUAAUGAACAAAUAAUUGAAAGAAAUACUAAUACACUUAUUCAAAAAUCAAAAGAAGUUAAACCUAGAAAAAGAUCUCAACAUACAAAGGGAAAUAAAUUGUGGGAAUUUAUAAGAGAUGCAUUAAGGGAUCCAAUAACAAACCCUUCUAUAGUUAAAUGGGAAGAUCCUCAUCAAGGUGUUUUUAGAAUAAUAGAAUCAGAAAAAUUGGCACGUUUGUGGGGAGAGAAAAAAAAUAAUCAAAAGAUGACUUAUGAAAAAUUAAGUAGAGCAAUGAGAACAUAUUAUGAGAAACAAAUUCUUGUACCAGUUCCAAAAACAGGAUUAUAUCCUAAAAAAUUAGUCUACAAAUUUGGACCUUGCGCUCUUGGCUGGAAGACUGAUAUGUGUUCAGGAAUCCUCAAGCGCAAUUAUGAAUAG